AUGGGAACAAAACGUGGAGCAUUUAUUGUAUUUGAAGGUUUAGAUCGCCUUGGUAAAACAACACAAAGUCGUCUUUUAUUGGACUAUUUAAAAAAUGAUAAACGACUUCUAUGUGAACGUCUGUCAUUUCCAAAGCGUGAUACAAAAAUUGGUGAAUUAAUCGAUUUGUACCUUAAGAAUAAAAUCGAUUAUGAUGAUCAUUCAAUUCAUUUGUUAUUUUCCGCUAAUCGAUGGGAAUGUAACCGACAAAUCGAGGAAAAGUUACUUAAUGGUACAACAUUGAUUGUUGAUAGAUAUGUUUACUCGGGCAUUGCGUUUAGUCAUGCGAAAGGUACACUGGAUUACAACUGGUGCUGUUCAUGUGAUUUUGGUUUGAUUAAACCCGAUUUAGUUUUAUAUAUGAACAAAGGAAAUUUGGCUGUUAAGAAUAGUGGCACAGACGGUGGAGAACGUUAUGAAACUACAGAAAUGCAAGCAAAAGUUGAAAAAUGUUUUGAAAAAUUUCAGAAUGCAUCCUAUUGGACAUCGAUUAAUGUUAGUCAGCAGAAUGGAAAUUUUCGUUCAGAAACAGAUAUUCAAAAUGAUGUACAAUUAAAAGUCUCGGAGAUUUUCGAACAGAUAAAAGAUGAGAAACUUAAUCGGUUAUGGAAGAAAGAUUUUGAAUGUAGUUAA